CUUGCUUUGUUUCUUUUCUUACAACUAGAGUACCCAUCUCCCACGUUUCCACAUUCUGAAUUCUUUCUUUUUUUUUUGAAAAAAAAAAAAAAAUUCAUUGAAUGGAUAUUAAAGACUUACUGUGUACAAAGCCGCAGCGCACCGACACCGACAAGCGAAGUAGCUUGUAUGCCAAUCCAGAUACCCCGACAGGUUCUCAAAGGCACGCCGAUCCCGCAAGUGAUAUCAGUUCGUCAGAAAGCCUAUCUCCGCCGACCAGAGUGAGAAACAGACAAUAUAUUCAAACUAGAGUUCCUUGGCGACCUGAGGAAGAUCAUCUGUUGCGGCAAGGCUACGAACAAGGCCUAUCAUGGGCCUUGAUAUCUGCCAGGUAUUUACCUCAUCGAUCAAGAGGCUGUUGUUGGGGACGUUUUAAAACGUUACAGACAAGUGAAAUACACCAAAGAGAAUGGCAUGAUAAAGAAGAUCAGUUGCUGUGUAUAGCAAUGAAGAAGCAUGCCAAGCUGUUCAAGCAGGCUUGGAAAGCAGUAGCUAUCGAUGUUAGUGAACAUCGAUCAUGGCGCGAAUGCAGACAGAGAGCUUAUAAAAUCAAUAUGCAUGACCAAAAAUUCGUAUAAAGUGUAGAAUUGGAUAGCUCCAUGAACGCUUGCGUAAACAUUACGACUUUCCUCAUUAUUGUAAUACU